AUGAAUCUUUUUGACCCCCUUAUUGGUGUUGGGAAGUUGAACGAGUUUGGAGACGGGUUUGAAUGGCUAGGAUUGUGGAAAGGCACCUAUGUCGAAUCCGAGUAUACCAUUCCUACGACUGUCUCUCCGAAUCCUCGUCCACAGCAUACAGGACUCUGCGGAAUGUCUGUGGAUUGGCAGCGGGGCUUUCUCGGAGCGUAUCUUUCAAAGUCCGGAGGGAAGGACUAUGUACCUCUACGCACAUCUGAGGAAAAUAAAGAAGAGCCGGGAGCCGACUUGAGGCCUGGGAAGAAGUCUAAAUGGUAUAUCAUAUGUGUUACCCUUCUCGUUAUAACCUCUAUGAUUGGUUCCGGGGGCAUUGGUUUCGCCUUGGGAAACCGCAGAUGGAGCGCCUCAAAGGGCAACGUUGAUGACUUUUUGAUACCGCCGGGAGACGUCAGAUAUCCAAUGGUGUACAACCUGACCUACACGGAGGAGCCCUCCCCCGAGACGGACGCAGCCUGGGACUCCAUGUUCCCGAAGGGCGUCGGUUUUGUAAAACACCCAGAGGUGUCGCCGAACCUCUCCGGUCUCGCAGUCUUCCACGAACUCCACUGCGUGAAUAUGUUGCGGGUGGGCUAUUACGCAGCCCUGAACGGCAACCUCGCGGACAUGCAACGCGUCCACGACCACAACAAACGGCCGGACCCGCACCACCUGCGGCACUGUUUUGAUUACCUCCGCCAAUCCCUGAUGUGUAGCGUCGACACGAACCUGGAGCCGGUGGACUUCGAGUUGGGCGGGGUCACCGGCUGGGAGUUUCGGCGCACGUGCCGGGAUUUCGAGCGGGUCAAGGGGUGGGCGGAAGAGUGGCGGAGCUGGCCCGAGGGGAUCGGCGAGUCGGAGCGUCUGUAG